GGGAAGCCCUCGGUUCAAUCCCCAGCAACACACACACACAAACUCGUGGAGUCUGCAAUUUACAUUUCACUGCUUAAAAAAAGAGGAGAGAGAGAUGGCCCUGAGAUAUCUGUCCUCCUUCCAGGUCUGCCUGCUCUAAUGUGCUCCCAAAGUGACCCUAGACACAAGUCCAGCACUGUCCCUGACCUUUGAUCCAUCCUGGGAUGGAGGAAUGUUGUUCAGUUUACCCUAAGGAAAAAUUGGGGGGAGUUUUGGCUGGAGAUAACAGCAACAAUGCUUCAGACAGUCCCUGCUGUCACCCUGCCCUGUGAUAAGCAGCUUCCUUCCAGGAAGGCCUGAUCUGAGAUAAGAGCUGAGAGCUGCCACCUGGGGCUGAGCCUGCCUGGUGGGGAGGGCUGUCCCCCAGGACCCCCUCUGAGCCCUGCAGGAGAACCGCUGCUGGGCCAGGGCUCUGUAGUCUCAGACCUUAGCUCCCCUCAACCCCUGGCCUGUUUCCCCAUGAGGCAAGUGAGAGUAUGGCACCAACUCCGCAGCCCAGUGAACAGGGUCCCAGGCUCCCUGGACAGCCCACCACAGAACCUGACGUUUGGUCAGAGCUGCAGAGAAGAUGGGUGCCCCAGGGCAGCGCCUACCUUCCUGCCCUCUCCUCUGGGUGGGGAGGAAAAGGAUGGUCAAGUGCCACACACCAGAGUUGCCUGGGUUUCUCCCCGACCUGAGUUCUAUAUAGAGCCUAUUAAGGUAAUAAAAUAGUUGGUUCCAAAGUUUAUCUCCUGAUCCCCAAAGGGGAAAACAAGCAUGACUCCUACUUAUUGCAGAGAUUUUCCACUUACAGGAUGUAGUGGAUCUGGAGAAAUCUAGUUUUGUUUUGUUUGGGUUUGGGAUUGUUUGUUUUUUGGACCUUGACAUACACGCACACGCGCACACACAAAGCAUUUUUUGGAGAGAAACUGGCUGGCUUGGUCCUCCGGUUUUCAUGUGGUGUGUCAUUGUUGUUUCAUUGUUGGGGGAAAAAAAAAAAAGAGAGGGGCAUGUUUAAUAAUUACCUCUGUUGACCUCUGUACCUUCUGGCUUCCUCGACUUCUGGGCAUAAGAGAUGGCCCUCCUUAGGGAUCAACUGUGCAGACGCAGGUGGUCAGUAAGGCCGGCAGCUCCCCUGGCUCUACAAGGUCAAGGAGAAAGCCUCCUGGGACUAGCAGGAGGAAAAGAUGGGGGAGACGAGCCUGAGAAAACGGGGAGAGGAUGAGAAGUCGAUCCAGAGCAAUGAACCCAAGACCACAAGCCUCCAGAAAGAGGUGGGCCUGGUCAGUGGCAUCUGUAUCAUCGUGGGCACCAUCAUCGGUUCUGGGAUCUUCAUUUCCCCCAAGUCUGUGCUCAGCAACACGGAAACCGUGGGGCCCUGUCUCAUCAUAUGGGCAGCCUGUGGGAUCCUUGCAACACUGGGUGCGCUGUGCUUUGCAGAGCUUGGCACAAUGAUCACCAAGUCAGGGGGCGAGUACCCCUACCUGAUGGAGGCCUUUGGCCCCAUUCCUGCCUACCUCUUCUCCUGGACCAGCCUGAUGGUCAUGAAGCCUUCAUCCUUUGCCAUCAUCUGCCUCAGCUUCUCUGAGUACGUGUGUGCGCCCUUCUACUCGGGCUGCAAGCCUCCUGAGACAGUCGUUAAAUGCCUGGCUGCAGCUGCGAUCAUGCUCAUCACAACAGUGAAUGCACUGAGUGUGCGGCUCGGCAGCUACGUGCAGAACUUCUUCACAGCAGCCAAACUGGUGAUCGUGGCCAUCAUCAUCAUCAGUGGACUCGUUCUCCUGGCCCAAGGAAACACAAAGAAUUUUGAAAAUUCUUUUGAGGGCACGAAACUUUCUGUGGGAACCGUCAGUCUCGCCUUUUACAACGGACUCUGGGCCUAUGACGGCUGGAAUCAACUCAAUUAUAUCACAGAAGAGCUUAAAGACCCUUUCAGAUACCCCGAUGAGGUUUUCCAACUCCCCGCUCCAGCAGAGUCGGUCCCGGAGGCUGUGCCCAACGAGGAGAGUGGGGACCUGGGUCUUCCAGGAGGGCGGGUAGCUCUUUUGGGUCAGCAGCUGCUGGAGGCCAUGGAAGACCCUCAGGAUUCGUUUUGCUUCCCCUGCCAGACGUUUGGUGACCGUGUCCUCUAUCCUGCCUCUUGGGUCGUUCCACUUUUUGUGGCGUUCUCUACCAUCGGUGCUGCCAAUGGGACCUGUUUUACAGCGGGCAGGCUCAUAUACGUUGCAGGCCGGGAAGGCCACAUGCUUAAAGUGCUCUCCUACAUCAGUGUCAGGCGCCUCACUCCUGCCCCUGCUAUCAUCUUUUACGGUAUUAUAGCGACAAUUUAUAUCAUCCCUGGCGAUAUAAACUCCUUAGUCAAUUAUUUCAGUUUUGCUGCAUGGCUGUUUUAUGGGCUGACGAUUUUAGGACUCAUUGUGAUGAGGUUCACAAAAAAAGACCUGGAAAGGCCUAUCAAGGUACCCAUUUUCAUUCCCAUCUUGGUGACUUUCAUAUCUAUGUUUUUGGUUCUGGCCCCAAUCAUCAGUAGGCCUGCAUGGGAGUAUCUCUACUGUGUGUUAUUUAUACUGAGUGGCCUUAUAUUUUACUUCCUUUUUGUCUACUACAAGUUUGGAUGGGCUCAGAAAAUCUCAAAGCCUGUCACCAUGUACCUUCAGAUGCUGAUGGAAGUCGUCCCACCAGAGAAAGAAACUGAGUAACAAGUUCAUUGCUUGUAGCCCAGUCAAGUCUGUGAUGAAUUUAUUUUUGUAAGCAAUAUUUGUGGUUAUUUCUUCCUGAUAUUUUUCUUAAGGAAAAAAAUAUGCCCAGGCGUUUGUAUAAUAUUAUUUUUAGAUAUUCUUCAUUCUCUGAAUAGAGGUCUUGACAGAAGUGACAGGUAUUUGCCAAAGUUAAAAGGAGAGAACAUCGCCUAAUAGAAAGAUAAUGACUGGGAAAGGGCUGUAUAAAGAUUAUCACCAGGUCGGGCUGGGGAAGCCCAGUAGUAGAGUACUUGCCUACCAUAUGCAAGGCAUUGGAUUCCAUCCCCAGCACUGCAAGAUAAAUACAUAGAUAAAUAAAAAAUAAAGGGUAUUCCUUAAACUCA